AUGGGCAAGAAAGUUCAACCAGAGGUUACCAUUGUAGGUGCCGGUAUAUCCGGAUUAUAUGUCUCGUACUGUUUAACGGAAUUGUAUGGAAUUGCGGGCGAUAACAUCUGUGUGGUGGGUGAUUAUCUACCUGGGGACUCUUCUGCAAAUGGAUACACUAGUCCAUGGGCAGGUGGUAAUUUCUCGUGCAUCUCACCUUCGGAUGAGAACACGUUGUGGUACGAUAAGUUCACGUAUCAAAACCUAGGUGCAUUAUCCAAAGCCCUGUUGGCGCACUUCAAGGGAAAGGAUGGCGAGUGGUUGGGCCUGGCGCGUCGUCCUUCGUCUGAGUACUGGGACUACGACCCUCCAAAAACAAAGAUCGAUUCGUUGCGCUCGUAUUUGGAGAACUUUAGAGUCUAUUCCAAAGAUGAAUUGGCCAAGAUUAAGCCGUCUCCACCUGCUUUCGGGAUCACGUUCAAGACCUGGAACUUCAACUGUCCCGUAUUUCUAGUAAAUUUGGCUACUUUCUUAAAGGAAAAGCACAACGUCUCCUUCGUCAAGGCAAAGUUGACCCAUAUUGCCCAAGCCAAGUCUUACACUAACGACAAAUGCAGUGGUAGCAAUGACAAGCACAUCAUAAUCAAUUGCAGUGGUCUUGGUGCCAAACACAUUGGUGGGGUUGCUGACCAUAACAUGUAUCCUACCAGAGGUCAAGUUGUAGUCGCUGCGGCUCCUCACGUCGCUGAAAACUGUUUAAGAUGGGGCAAAGACUAUGCCACUUACAUUAUCCCCAGACCGGGCCCACUGCACGAGCUAGUUCUUGGAGGAUUCCUACAAGUGGACAAUUGGAACGCCCAGGACACCUCCAAGGAGGAAACUGACGAUAUCUUGCAGAGAACUACUACACUACUGCCAAAGAUCGGUAAGCCAGAAUCGGUGGCUGUGUUGAAAGUUGCUGCCGGCCUACGUCCAAGCAGACACGGGGGGCCAAGGGUGGAGAGAGAAGAUUUCGAUGACGAUGGUCAUUUAGUCGUGGUCCACAACUACGGUGCAUCCGGAUACGGAUACCAAAGUGGUUUAGGGUUAGCUUUCAAGGCCGUUUCUUUGGCCCUAAAGGGCGACCGAUCCAGCAAAUUGUGA